AUGGUGUCAACAAGUUUCAGGCAUUUUGUGCUUGCAAUCAUGGUCCUUCUGCUAGCCACGAAGGCUUGUGAUGCAAAUAGUGAUGAAGGUUUCAAGAAAGUUGAAGCUGAGGCUGGAAAUGGAAUUAUGCCGCCAGGAGGAAAAGAAAUGCACAAUGCAAAGGAAAUUUACAACGCUGGUCCCAGAGUUGCUGCAGAUACUAGUGGUAAAUUUGGAGGAAGAAAAAUGAUGCUUGAGAUAAAGGGAUUGAGUAAUGAAGUGAAGAAAGAGGAAACCAAGAAGACCAGUGAAGAAGCUUCAAAGAUUUCAGGUGCAAGUUCCGUUGGAAAUAGUAAGCAUACAUGGAAGGGGAAGUUGAGCAUGCAAAGUAAAUUGAGUAGUAGAAGUGUCAAUCAUCAUUUGAAGGUUAACAUGGGUGGUUUUAUGGCUCUCAAUGCCGAUUAUCAUAUGGCAAAAACGCAUCCACCUAGGAAUAACUGA